AUGCACAGUCAACGAUGGAUGUUCACGUCACCAGGUGGAGAAAAUGAAUACAAGAAGCCUUCAGUCACCCGAUUACAUUAUGACGCGAUGGUCGAAGCGAAGAGGGCGCAAGAGGAAAACCAUAUCGAGACUGAAAACGAACGCAAGAGACGCGUGUUGGAAGAUUUUAUGUGGCAACAGAUGACCAAGAUGACUAUGGACCAGAUUGAAAAGCAACGGCUCCGCGCUAACGAGACCAAAGCGUGUAGUACGUACGCAGAGUCCUUUGUCUUACCAGGAUUUAAAGUUAAAGAACUGGGCUCCGAAAUCGAUGAAGAACUUCAACGAAAAUAUCCACUGUACACCGACAUGGCAAAGUCGUCAAACGUAAGGGACAUAAAUAUGACUAAAGCGAAAAAUUCUAUACAUAAAUCUCAUCAAAAAUUGUUCAGAAGAGACAGUCGUUUUACCAGUCGUCUAAGUAAUCCAUUGGAUAGUCAUGCUCUAGUCGGACCUGGCCAUUUCGCAUAUAUCUAA